CUGUAUGUCGCAUUGAAGUUGAAACUUUUAAGAUCGUGAAAAAACUGUCUUAUUAUAUUUGUGUAUCGCUAAUGAGGUGAUAUAAAAAGCAAGAAGAAGAAAAAACUACAUAAUUUACACUUUUUUUCUCACGUAAUUCGCACGUUGUUGCCACAUUUAAUAUAUUUAUCACCCUGUUGCGGUGGUGAGAUGGCGAAACGACCCUGGGGAACCAUCGAAAAGCCAUCAUUCGGUCUUGGAUAUCAAAAAGCCGAUGCUGAAUUGAUUGAAAGUGUUGUGGAAAGAUUAAGCCAACCAAAAAAGACACAAAGAAAUUCGGCAAAAAGUCGAAAGAGACCCGACGUUGAGCGAGUGUUGGACAAAGAUGGCGUCCAAGCUAUGGUUGCUAGGUUGGCGAACAAACAGGAAAACUUGCCCAAGACGCCGGAUCGGUCACGAACUGGAGAACAUAAGAAAGAGUGGGGCAAUGUAUUGAACUCGUAUGCAUGGCAUGGAAAGAACUAUCAAGCUAUUAUAUGCGGGGAAGAAAGCCCUUACUACAUUGGGAAAUUGCUUGAUGAUAUCAAAGCGAAUUUCCAUGGAAAAUGUAGUUAUCCUCUCCCUCCCCUCCCCCAAUAUAAUUCAAACAUAAGUUCUUGUGUUACACUUAGGCUGGAAGUUUCCAUACCAACCAGACAGCCAUUAUUCAAGAUGGCCAAAAAACCAUGGGGCACAAUUACUCAUCCCAAAGAAAGAAACCCCGACUUCCAGAUGGGUUACCAAAAGGCAAGCAGUAAACAAAUUGACGAAAUGGUCCAACGAUUAUUCGUACACGACUAUUCGAACAGAAACGAGAAGAAAAAAACAGCUUUAGAUCGAAAGGUUGAGGUAGAACCAAGUGAGUUUGAUCAAAAUGAGGUUGAUGAAGUUGUAGAAAGACUUACAAGGAACGCAGAACGUAACGUAACUGAUGCAAAAAGGACUGGUUCAAUGACGCAGCAAGGAGUUUGCAAUACGUUUGCAUGGAAAGGAUACAACUGAAUCCUUAGUGCCUUAUUAUUCAGUGACGCUAUGCACUACAGAAGUGACUUGCAGAGGAGCAAUACUUGAACUUCUAUAAAUGGUUUCUACGAAUGGUUUUGCUCGUACAAAGAUAAACUAUUUGCUUUAGUAGCAACACUUUAAGCAUUGAAAGCAUCUAAAAACCAGUAUGCUAAUUUCUUAGCCAAAAGACUGAAGGAUUGAAGAAACAAGGAUUGCGUGACAAGUCACGAAAGAGUUGUCUUAAAACACUCCUGAUUUUAGCAGUCAUAUUCAAAUGGAUUUUGAACUUAAAAUGUUUUCCAAGAAAAAAGAUCAGCUUAGACGUUCAAUAGUAUAAUCCAGGAUCUUUAAACCUGCGAGGUAUUAGGAAUUCUAACUUCUAAAAUGGCCGAGUCCAGCUAGAGUAUAUAACCAGAGACGUCUUUACAACAAUACAGCCACAAGCAGCUAUCUAGUCUAUUGGCAUUUCUAUAAAACUUUUAAGUUUUAAUACUUAAAAGUAUUAUCUUGAAUAGCUUAUUAAUUUACAUGUCGUGAAACAACGAGAAAAAAACAUAUAAUUCCAGAGCAGCCUCGUAAACUUUCUAAUUUAAUUAAAUUUGUUGUCAUUGGGUGUUUAUCGGUAAUAAAUCCAUUUUUGCGCAAA